CCGUCUCUGACCCGUGCUACUUGCGUGGAGCCUGACGGAGCUCGGAGAGUACAAGAAGCACUUUGUCUAUAGGCGGAGGGGGGUGUUGACAGGAGGGACGAGAGAGGGGGAGGUGGAGGGAGCGUGAAUUGGGACUGGGCCGGGUCACUUCCACCGCAGAGCCUGCAGCAGGACGCUGACGGCGGAGGGCCCGAGGAGAGGACCCGGGAGAAAAAAAAAAAGACACACGGUGACCCCCUUUUUCAGAUCGGGAUACAUCAGGACACCGGCGAGCGGGGAAGGGAAGUGGGGGCCCCCGCAUGAUUCCUCACAGUCUGCAGCCUGUAAUGAUGGUGGUGAUGCACCGAGAGCAGAGCAGCGGAUUCCUGCAGAGCUCGACACACUGCACCACAAAACCGCAACCUACUGUGAGCUACUGCUCCUGCAGGGACAGACCUCUCUGCUUUUCUACAACAGAGCCAGAAAAAAAACAAUUUCCUGACAGAUGCUUGAGACAAACAACCCGGUAACGGACUACCUUACACAAAAAAAAAAAAAAAAACCCUCCAUUCAUACUCCACCCCCGGUCUGCGGGAUGAGACGGGGAUUUCGCAGCAGACGGAGAACAGAGAUUUGAAUUGAUUUGCAUCUGCGUUGAUGUGCAUGCAGCGGGUGUUCUGAGCCGUGCAAACACACGAGAGGAAGGAAAAGAUGAUGGUGCGAUGCUACCGCUGCAAGCUGUCGGUGUGGGCCGCUCUGUGCGUGCUGGUGCUCUGCUGGUUUUACAUUUACCCCGGUUACAGACUCCCCCGCGAUAAGGAAAUCGUGGAAGAGGUGCUGAGGCAGGGGGAAGUGUGGCAGAAGAACCAGACGGGCAUCGAUUUGUACAGGAAGCUGCUGACAGAGUGCUGCGAUCCACGGAGGAUGUUCGCAGUGACCAAGGAGAACUCUCCGAUGGGCAAGGUCCUGUGGUACGAUGGCGAGUUCUACCACUCGCACAUUGUCAACAAUGAGACGUACCCACUGUUUGUACAGGACAACCCUCUGCAGCUGCCCCUGAAGAAGUGUGCGGUGGUGGGCAACGGUGGCAUUCUCCGGCACAGCAAAUGUGGACGGGACAUUGACCAGGCCGACUUCAUCAUGCGGUGCAACCUUCCACCGAUUUCGAAGGAAUACGUGGAGGACGUGGGAACCAGAACACAUCUGGUUACAGCCAACCCCAGCAUCAUCGAGAAAAGAUUUCAGAACCUUCUCUGGUCAAGAAAAGCUUUUGUAGACAAUAUGAAGGUCUACGGCUCCAGCUACAUCUACAUGCCAGCCUUCUCCAUGAAGCCUGGCACCGACCCCUCGCUGCGAGCGUACUACGCCCUGGCAGACACCUCUUCCAACCUCACCAUGCUCUUUGCCAACCCUGAAUUUCUGCGCACGGUGGGAAAGUUCUGGAAAACCCGCGGCGUGCACGCCAAGCGCCUCUCCACUGGGCUCUUCCUGGUGAGCUUGGCCUUGGGGCUGUGCGAGGAAGUGAUAGCCUACGGCUUCUGGCCGUUUUCAGUCGGCUUGGACGAGCAGCCGGUCAGCCACCAUUACUACGACAACAUCCUGCCCUAUAAAUGGUUCCACGCUAUGCCUGAGGAAUUUGUCCAGCUUUGGCACCUCCACAAAACUGGCACGCUGCGCAUGAGAGUGGGACACUGCCCCCCGCAGGAGGGUGGGAGUUAAAAGCUGAAGCGACAUGAACUAGUUGGAAGUUCAGCGAGCUACAGGAAGCAGA